CAGCGAGAAGGGAGAGGACCGCGCAUGCGCGGAACGUAACCCUCCACCUCUAGGGAAACGUGCUACUUGCACAGGAUGGAGGAGUCAGCCCAGCCGAUAACACAUUCGUCUGGGACUCAGAAGAGAAAAAAAUCAAACCCCGUUUCAGAGGUGAACCAGAAGCUCCCAAAAACUGUGACUCCCUUUCUGCUCCUGACCUCAGAGUCGGAACAGGACACGGACUCCGAAGGCACAUCCGGGAAGAGCUCUGAGGAGAACCUUGUAAACGGAGAAGCCCUGGAUCUCUCGAUCGCCAAACAGACCCUCUCCAGAGCAGUAAGCAGAGGUGAGAGCAAACCCCUGGACCGAGUGGACAUCAGUAAUGAUGAAGAUAUUGGCUUGUUGAACCGCAUGAGCCUGAGUGAUGUGCAAAAGAGAGGCGUUUUAGUCAACCAGUGGGUACCACCUUCAAACUUCCAGUUUCCAAAAAGACUAAUGGACUCUGGAACUAACCAAAAGCAUUGCCGCUGCAGCACCCAGCUGCUCCAAGAGUAUAAGUUUGCCCGCUACUCGCCAUAUCUGGACGGGGUCUUCUGCGGACCCUGUUUUGUGUUCAACAGCGGCAAGGAAGCAGUUUUGGUCUCCACCCCCUUGAAAGAUUGGUCCAACGGCAAGAAAGUCCUGGAGAGACACAGCCAAUCGAAAGAGCACGGGCGGGCGGCUGCGAGGACCGAGCUGUUUGUCGCCUUUGAGCACGAGAAAAAACUGACAGGGUGGAGCCGCCAUGCCCUCAAACAGAUCGUCAAAAUCAUCAUCUUCUGUGGGAGGCAGAAUGUUUUACUGGGAGGGAUGUUGAACAGCACCAAGAUGGUGCAUGCUAUCACACAUUAUGUGGCUGAACUGGACCCGGUUUUGAAAGAGAACCUCAGCCACGCCCCAUAUGGCCCCUUGGACACCUCAGAAUGGAUGCAGAGCAAACUUGCUGACCUCACAGGCCUCCAGAUUCAGAGCAGGAUUCUGGAGAGGGUUAAAGCAGCCACGUUCUUUAGUUUGAUAGCGGAUGGGAGCACCGACGUUUCCACGAAAGAGAACAUCGCCCUCUCCGUGCGUUACGUUCACCGGAGCCGAGAGGGCCAGGUGGAACUUCGAGAAGACCCGAUUGACUUUGUAGAGGGCUUUGACACAACAGAGAGGAGCCUGACAGAGCUCUUUCUGCAGAAAAUCUCAGCUUGGGGCUUGCGGAAAGAGCUGCUGAGAGGCUACAGCUACCAGGGGGGCAGUCACAUGAGUGGGCAGCUGGCGAGGAUUUGUGACAUCCUGCCCGAAGCCGUAUACUCGGCCUCUAAGACCCAUGAGCUCAACAUGGCGAUCAUUCGGUCCUGUGCGGUGAGGCCUGUGGCUAAGCUGCUGGAUACGCUAGGGAAAGUCACUGCAGUGCUGAAGUGGUCUAUGGAGCGCUUCGGCCCCUGCCUUGGGGACCUGCAGGAAUUUCUGGACACGGUCGGGGAAACCGGAGAGGAAGAGGAAGAAGAGGAGGAUAAUCUCCAACACCUCAGCUGGGUAGACGCCCUAAGCUGCUUUAAAGCCAAAUAUGCAGCGGUCCUGGGCGCUUUGCAGAAAUUGACAGACGACAGUGGGGAUGCUGAAAGACUCUUAUAUUCGAUCACCAAGUUUGACUUCCUGAUGAGCCUGGUGUGUGUUGAGCACGUCCUUGCGUGCACCCGAUCUCUGCACCUGGAUAUGCAGCGUGCCGACACCGAUCUCAUCCACAUGUCCGACGAGGCCAACCUCAUCAUUCAGAGGUUCGGGAGAAUGAAAGACGACGGCGACCUGGGGUUCGAGUCGCUGUACGAUGAAGCGAAGCGAUUAGCCGAUGCCGUGGGGGUCCAGGAAUCUCCGCCGGGCCUCGGAGGGCGGUCGGCCCCCCUGUGCGGCCCCCCGGCUGAGGACAUCCAGGAGGGCUACAGGCGGGAUCUGUUUGUGCCGUUUCUGGACCAUGUCAUUUCAGAACUGCAGGAGCAACUGCUGGAGUGCUCUCCGCGGUUCAUUGCCCAGUACCUCGUCCCCGACAAGCUGCUUUUGCUGGAAAAUGACGAGUCCGAGGUAGCCCUCUAUGACGCUUUCAAGGGCGACAUCUCCAACCUGGACAGCUUUAAAGCAGAACUGCAGAGGUGGCGGGCAAAAUGGAUGGACAUCCCCAGGAACGAGCAGCCCAGUAGCAUCCUGGCCGCUCUGCAGCACUUAAACCCCAUCUGUUACCCCAACAUCAAUGCGGCUCUCUCCGUCCUGGCCACCAUGCCCAUCAGCGUCCCAGCCGGAGAGGUGUCAUCGCGGGCUUUGAGGAGAGUCAGAAUCUGUCAGAGAAACUCAGUGAGGGGGAGUCGGCUGCCUGGACUGGCUCUGACUUACGUCCAUCAGGACAUCGAUGUUGAUCCCUAUAUCCUGUAUGCUGUUGACUCCAUGCUUUUGGAUGAAACACAGAAGGGCACGAAGCUGUUAAAUAAGUCUAAUGCAGGAAAGAGACGGUAUUGAUCCAGGAAAGCUUUGUGCAGGUGGGUGGCAUAAUAAUAGAACUGUAAUUCUCCGGAAGGAGGGGAGCUGGAGAGGAGAAUUAAUGGAAGUGGCGUGUUAGGGAUGGGGUGGAACGGUGAACCUGGAUAAAAGAACCUGAAGUGGCUAUGUUCAGUGAAGUGGCUUGUAUAACGCCCUUAUUCUGUGCCAAGCACUGUGCCUAGCACUGGGAUAGAGGCCAGAUAAUCAGCCCAGACAAACAUCCUCUACCUCCCAGGGCUCACAUCUGAUGAUUGAGGAAGAGCAGAUUCCCCAUUUUACUGAUGAGGAAACAGGCCCAGAGAGGUUAAGGGGCAUGCCCAAAGUUACACAGCAGGUCAGUAGCAAAGCUGGGGUUAGAACCUGAGUUUCUUGACUCCCAGCUCCGUGUUCCUUUCCCAAGUCCAUGCAGAACACCCCACGCUGACAAAGUCCAGGACUGCCUGAGGAAGUGCUCAGGUCCCUGGAUGGAAGGGGGCAAUCGGAAAUGGGAUAUUUAGCUUGUGGUGGCGGUGAUCUGCAAGAUGUAGGAAGGGCUCCUUGGACCUGGGGAAGCUACCUCAGAUGGAGGAGCAAUUCCUGGGGAUCCCAACCCCAGGUGUUGGGCCAGGAUGGUAUCCUGACACUCAAUUCAUUGCUGUGAGUACUGGAUCUCACUGGUCCUAGUCUAAAAUCCAUCAUCCCCACACUCACGCCACUGCUGGCAGGGAGAUAAUGCUAGGGAUGCAGAAAUGUAUUGGUCAGGAAGCUUGAACUUCCUCUUUGGGGGCCGCUUCCAUCUUGUAGGUAAACAGAGCUCUUAAGUCCCCCAGGUUUCUUUCAUUUAAUAAUAUUAAACUCACAAUGGAUUUUUUUCACAGUAACUGAAAUGAUAAAUGCUACAUUA